AUGACUACAAUUCGUUCCUAUACUCGCAGAUCCGAUCUGCAGGACGUAACAGAGUGCCCUAUAUGCUGCUUACGAUUCGAGCGUCCUCUACAACUCAGCUGUGGCCACUCAUUUUGUGGGAAUUGCGUGGAUAGGCUGAUCGGUGUUCCAGAAGAAAAUGAAUGCCGUUCUCGUGUCGAGCAGCCUCCAUCAAUCUUUUUGAGACUUCAGCUUAAGAUUGCUGAUGCUCGCGGCGCAGUCAACAGAAAUGACAAUUUUCCGGAACCGAUGCGUGGAAUUGCAGCUCCAAACAUCGAUCAGGGAGUAAAUCAGCCGCCUUUUAAUCGAAUGGAUCAAGAUAUGUGGUGGCCACUCAAUCGUCCUCAAUUAGUGCCUCCUCCUGGCUUAGGGGGAAUUCCCCAUCCGCCACGCUAUGUACUACGCAAUUUCAAUGAAGAGCCUCCAUUCUUCCCACGCCGAGCAAUCGGUGGGAGCGGUCCAGCUGAGAAUAUUAUCAAAUGUCCAGAAUGUCGCCAGCCAACCAGAGUACCGCCUGAGGGGCUCCCCGUUAACUAUCGUUUACAAGAGCUAUUGUCUCACGUCGCUGAAGCUAGCAAUCUGUCAAAUGAUCAAUGUAGUCCAGAUGGUACUCCCUUGCGAAAAUGUUUAGCAUGUGAUGAUGUUCUAAGCAAAGGCGUGUAUCUGCUCUGUCGUUCAUGCACCGGCGAAACUGUGCGUCAGCUUUGUUCAAUGUGUUGCCUCCGAAAUCAUAACGGUCAUGAUAUUGAAGAGAAGCGUUUUCUCACAAUGAAAGAUGUAACUGUCGCCAGAGACGUAGUCUCGGAGGCAACAGGACUUGGAUAUCAGUAUGUUGAUAUGGCACUGAACGAGCUCAAUGUGAUAAGUGAAGCCACUAGGGACUUGAUUCAAUCGAAAGCGCAAAACCUGCUUCAAGAGUUCGAAUCUAUAGUUGAUGGCCUUCAGUUUGACAUGCUUUCUAGUCACGAUGAGCUUCAAGACAAAGUGGCAGCAGCUAAAGGAAUCAGCGAAAAGCUGGAGCUUCUCCCUCGUCUCGUCAAAGAACUUUCUGAAGAGUUCCAUAAUAAAAUUGCAAGGGUGGUAAAUGAGUUCGGAGACAUGUUGGAGAAAUUAAUUCAUGAGGGAGCUCAAGACGUUGAUUUUGAUAAGUUGCUGAUGGAAGCGGGCUCGCGUAAGAUUCGACAGCAUCGUCUAGCGCAACAGCAGAGCAACGCUCAUCGAAAGCGCACCGCAGAUGCUCGUACGAGAGUUCUGGAACGUGGAAGACCAGAAGAAUAUGUUCCUGAUUAUUGGUCUCUUGAGUCCGAUCGUGAACGUCGCGACCGCCUUCGCGAUGAGCGUCGUAAUGGAUUUCUUGAAAACGAUGAACGAAGUGACGGACGCCGCCUGCACAAAAUGCUCCUAGAUACCAUCGCUGCAGGACUGAAUAAUCAUUACACCUCACAAUCUGCUUCGCAAGGGGAAGAGGCGAAGAGAAGCCGAAGUGUCGAAGUUGUUGCGGCAACUCCACCUGCUGUGGUCGACCUAGAACAGAGAGCUGAGCGCCUGAUUAUUUCUCCUCAACGUCGCCGAGCUAGAAAUGAAGGAUAUAAGUCAAGCAAGUUGGAUGCCCGGGUUGAUGAUGCUGAACAGGUGGAUAGCAAGACCUACUUAAAUGUCGUUUUGGUGAAGGAGAAACUCUCCUGA